GCGGAUAUAAUGGGUCCGGGGAGACCGGAUAUAGUGAAUGCAGGGUCCGGGGAGACCGGAUAUAGUGAAUGCAGGGGUCCGGGGAGAACCAGGAUAUAGUGAAUGCAGGGUCCCAGGGAGAACCAGAUAUAGUGAAUGCAGGGUCCGGGGAGACCGGAUAUAGUGAAUGCAGGGGUCUGGGGAGACCGUUAUAUAGUGAAUGCAGGGUCCGGGGAGACCGUAUAUAGUGAAUGCAGGGUCCGGGGAGACCAGAUAUAGUGAAUGCAGGGUCCGGGAGACCGGAUAUAGUGAAUGCAGGGUCCGGGGAGACCGGUAUAGUGAAUACAGGGUCUGGGG